UAAUUGAAAAAAAAAAAUAUUUCCGAGCACGAGCUCGAGCUCCUCAACAAUGUCGCGAAGCUCCUCCCUCUUCGUCCUCCUCCUCUUUGUCUUCGUCUUCUUCCUCCUCGCGAAGGUAUCGGAGGAGUCGAAGCGCACGGUGAGCAUCCCCGACGAGCUCGACGACGUGGUGGACGACGAGGAGGACGAGGAAUGGCGGCGGUGGGGGGAGAAGCGGCGGGGACCGCAGCGGAGCUCCUCUGAGCCCCCGCCAGAUUUCUCCCGUAUGCGCCCCUCCGAGAUCCAGGCCGAGUUGAUGCGGAGCCACACCGGGCCCUCCUACGGAUUCGUCAAGCUCCGGUUGGGAGUCUCGCGCUCUAGGGAGGAAAUACCUGAAAUUGCUAUGAAAUGGAGCAAAUUACUGAGAACUGGCUCUGUGGAGACCAAGUUCAUGGCUUUCGAUCUGAGUACCAUCAUGUUCACUCUGGAGAGGGGGCAAGAUAUAGAAGAGCUGAAAGAGUUUGUCCUGAGCCAGCCGGAGGCAUAUGAGAUGAAGAUCGGGGAUCUAGUCUAUCGAAGGCCUGGAGAUCCUCCUCUCGACGAAGUCAUUGAGAUGCUGAGGAGAAAGAGGAGUGUUGCUGAGAACCAAGCUUCUACUGAAGAUCAUGUUGGUUACGAAGAUGAGUUGUAGAAUUGCUUCGAGGCCGCCUUUGUGUCACCAAUAGAAAGGAAGAUAUAAUCAAGUCUUUACUACGUUAUUGAAUUAUAACAUCAUAAUAAUAGGUUGAAAUUCAAUCAAUUCUUUCCUACUUUAGGUUGUCAAGAGUGAAGAAUGGAAGUGUGUACUCGCCACUAGCGACAUUGCAAUUAUCAAUGUUGAUACUACUUUUGCAUCACCUUGGAAAGUUGCUAGCAAAAUUUUGCCUCAUCUUCAAGUUCUAUGGUCCAGAAUCCUGAUGAGAUGUGGGCUUACUCUGUUUCUUCAUAGAACACUAAUGUAGUUCAAGUUCUUAGUU